AUGAGUGCUGGCGUGUGGAUGAGUGCUGGCGUGUGGAUGAGUGCUGGCGUGUGGAUGAGUGCUGGCGUGUGGAUGAGUGCUGGCGUGUGGAUGAGUGCUGGCGUGUGGAUGAGUGCUGGCGUGUGGAUGAGUGCUGGCGUGUGGAUGAGUGCUGGCGUGUGGAUGAGUGCUGGCGUGUGGAUGAGUGCUGGCGUGUGGAUGAGUGCUGGCGUGUGGAUGAGUGCUGGCGUGUGGAUGAGUGCUGGCGUGUGGAUGAGUGCUGGCGUGUGGAUGAGUGCUGGCGUGUGGAUGAGUGCUGGCGUGUGGAUGAGUGCUGGCGUGUGGAUGAGUGCUGGCGUGUGGAUGAGUGCUGGCGUGUGGAUGAGUGCUGGCGUGUGGAUGAGUGCUGGCGUGUGGAUGAGUGCUGGCGUGUGGAUGAGUGCUGGCGUGUGGAUGAGUGCUGGCGUGUGGAUGAGUGCUGGCGUGUGGAUGAGUGCUGGCGUGUGGAUGAGUGCUGGCGUGUGGAUGAGUGCUGGCGUGUGGAUGAGUGCUGGCGUGUGGAUGAGUGCUGGCGUGUGGAUGAGUGCUGGCGUGUGGAUGAGUGCUGGCGUUUGGUUCAGCGGCGCACAAUCAUAG